GUAUAGAGCUUUCGCCAAUUCAACAUUAACGUCUGCAAAAAGAAAAUGAUUUUUCUAAAAUUAAUUUUCAUACUGUUUACCAUCUCUCAAUUGUCGUACGCUUUUCACAAUGGCGCUGACGACUCAGUUUGUCAAGACAUGACACCGAGUCAUGGCCCAUUCGUUCCAGCAACAUCGCCAGCCCCAUUCACAGUUACAACAUCCGUUUCCAGUAUCAGUCCUGGGCAACAAUUAACAGUCUCAAUAACACGAACAAAUACAGCUACCGCACUUCUUGGAUUCAUGAUACAAGCACGAUCGACAGCUGGAACUGUCCAUGGUCAAUUUUUACCCGCACAAGGAAUGAGACUAAUGGGCUGUGCACCUAUUGGUGGAAGUGCAACACAUUCAGUUUCUGAGCAAAGAGCAUCAAUUACACUGACUUGGGUGCCGCCACCCAUUGGCUUCGUUGGGAAUGUCGUGUUCCAUGUUACGGCUGUGCAAGACUUCGCUCUAUUUUGGACACACGUUCAAUCUGGCCCUGUCGCUGUCAAUCCAUAAAAAGGAUCAAACCGUUAAUUGUAAAUGCAGUUGUUACUUGGUUGUAACAGCUAACGAGAGAGAUAUCAAAAACAUAAAAAAUACAAA